AUGGAUAACGACACAAUUCUAUCGGACAAGCUGGACAAGUGGAACAGUGAAUUAGCCAGAGGACUGACUCCAAACAAUAUCAUUCUAUCCCUGUACAUUACCACAGGCUUGCUAGGAAACUCUACAGUGAUUCUUAUCUACGGCUUCAAGAUGAAAGGGAACAAAGAAGAGAGAUAUUUCAUUCCGUUUCUUGCGAUUGCUGACCUUUGGGCCUCCCUCGUUUGUGCUUCAUUUGGAAUCGCUCUAAAUAUGAUGCAGGCAAAGUUCAACAACAAUGAUUUGUGUAAAGCUUGGUGGUUUUUUGCUGCCUUUACAACAUCUUGUUCAUUCUUUUUACUCGUGAUUAUCGCAGUGCACCGGUAUCUUAAGAUCUGCAGACCACUGGGAAGACAAAUGACAUUGAAGUGGAAACGUUUUGCAAUGUGUCUGGUUUUAGUGAUUGCAUUUGUUCUAUCGACACCUACGACUUAUUUCUAUGGCUCGGUUUCUUUUCCAAACGAGGAAGAGGGGAUCGUCGGACUGAGAUGCAGUAGAUUAAAGUCAGCAAAUAAAACAGGAUCACUGAUAUUCGGGGGGAUCGUUGUACUUACCACAGUCUCUGUCAUCGUUUCUCUUGUGUAUUUUUACUCCAGGAUAGGAUAUACAAUUUUUAUUCAUCUUAAGUACAACAAAAAGUCAGGAAAGCAGAAAAUCAUAAGUUCAGAGAAAAAAAGCCAGAGCUGCAACUCUCAAUUACCAAAUCCGAGUAGUGUAGAAAACCUGAGUGAAGCAGAAACUAAAUUCCAUUCUGUGGAGACAAACUACACCGAGUUGUCUGGUGUUGCUAUGUCCACCAUUAUAACAGAACCGAAUAGCCGGGUAGGGUUCGAAGAAAGCAAAACAAAUGAAGCGAAACAAAAUGCAUUCAAGUCUAGUGCAAAGCGGAGAAAAGAACAGAACAACAAAAAAGCAGUUCACAAAUUUACUUUCAUGUUUAUGUUAAUCACUGUUAUUUUUCUCAUUUGUUAUAUUCCAAAAGUGACAAUCAUGUUGUUAGAAGCGAGAAACACAAACUUUUGGGAGGAAUUUUCAGAUUCAGGCAGAGUUGGGGUGCUUUUUGUGUACAGAAUGUACAUAAUCAAUAACAUCACAAAUCCGAUUAUUUAUGCUUUCUUGGACAAUCAAUUUUCAAGGGAAAUAAAUAGGUUGUUUAACGUUUGUAGAUAAGUCAAUGUGUCAAUUCUGAAAUAUUUAUCUAAAUGGUCUUCAAUAAUUCUUGACUUCGUGAAAAUUUUCACACCUCAUAACUAAAGUUUUAAAUGUAAAAUUCAUAUUGUUCUAGUUUUUUUUUGCAUAGAAACACAGAAACGAUGUAGAAAAUACAUGUUUUUAUGGAACAUAAUCAUCGUUUUGUGUAUUAACUAUCCCUGCUAUGUUUUUUGCUUAAUUCAAUUAUAUCUUUAAUUCUAUUAAUAUGUCUUCAGAAUGAACACAUUGUAUUAUCGCAACACUAUUUCAGUUAUUAUUGUAAUAACUGCUAUGACAUCAAAUGACUAAAUAAGAGUUUUUACUAAAACAGUAAAUAAAACAAAACAUAAGGUUAGCAAUUUUUUUCGAUUCAAGUAAGAAAGAGAAAAAGAGAAGGAUAUGAGAGAGUAUGCUCUUUGAGGUAAUGUAAGUGUUUUUUUUUAAAGGAAUGUGUAAAUAUGGCCCCAGUAAAUUGACUGAAAAAUUCCGGACCUUCUGUUUCAUUUUGCAUAUACUUAAUUAUUUAUAUGUGUACCCUCAUAGAAUCCAUCUUCGUACGCGAUGUAACAAUCAUUUGGAAAAUAUGCUUCACCAUUUAUGGUAGGGGUACAUUUAUAUUCAUCCAACAUAGACCUUUGGUUCACCCCACCUGUCAAAGCUUAUAAAAUAUACGUACGCAAUUAUGAACAUUUUUCCUCUUCAGCUAGUCAAUGUAAUUUUUCAAAAUAUGUCUAUGUGUGAAAGGAAAAAAUGGACCUGAUUCUGCUGAUAUGUAACUUUUUAAACGAUGCAAAAAUCAAGUUGGCCUCUCCCAUUAAAAAUGAUGUUGUAUACCUGUUGUUAAAAAUAUCAACCGUUCAUCAUAUUACUUGCUUAAACCUUGCGUUAAACCUGAUAUACAGUUUGGUUAGCGUGUUCGGGAUGAAUGUAUAUGAAAUAAAACUUUAU